AGCCAACACCAGGCUUUGGGUUUAAAUUCAUACAUUCCCUUCAAAGUGCUUACUUGCUUAGGUGGGAUAUAGCCCAGGUGCUUAUGUAAUGUAUGCAAGGCCCUGGAUUCAGGACUGCAGAAUAUUGUCCUGAUGGUGGUGUUUCUGAGCCCAUUGUAGUCCACAGAGAUCUGCCUCAGAGAACUACAAGUUCAGCUGAAUUGAUAGGGCUUGACCCCAUGACCUUUGCUUAUCUCCACAAACCAAGAUGAAGAUUUGCUCAUUCCAGAAUGUUCCAAAGAAAACUUGUCUGUUUUUAUUUUCUUUGUCACCUGUGGUCUAAAUUUGGACCCAAAACUUGACUUGCCAUUUUUUGAUGGCUGAUCAGCCCUGUACCUUAAGGCAGUUUCCAAAGAAAGAAACAGACAUGUGGCUGAUAAUGCCCUAUUUUUGUUAGUGGCCAUAGACUAGGUAACAAGACAGAGUGGUGGCAUAUUCUUUACAAUCUAAAGGCUAUCCUGGCCUAUAAAUCAAGUUGAGAUACGUGGAAAAUCUCUUAGUCAAAUUAUCCAAUGUCUUCAGCUAAAUUAAAAGGAAAAGUGGAGAAAAUUAAAAGGAAAAGUGGAGAUAGAGAACCCAUAUGUCUGAAUACUUAAACUGGACAUGUUGGCUCAUACUUGCAAUCUCAGAUCUCAAGGGGAUGGAGCAGGAGGUUUACUAAGGGUUUGAGUUAACCUGGGCUACAUAAUGAGUUAUAGGUUGGUCAUAGCUGUAGAGUGAGACUUGGUCUUAUUUUAUGUUUUUGAAUUUCAGUGUAUGUUUUUCCUUGGGGCCUUUCACUUAAGAAAGCAACUUCAGGACUCAGAGGGGUCAAGGAUACCACAAGAAAAUCUACAGAAUCAAUUAACCUGGGUUCAUAGGGGCUCACAGCAACUGAACUGACUGACAGCCAGGGAGCAUGCAUGUGACUGACCUAGGACCCUGCACUUAUGUUACAGUUGUAGCUUAGUCUUAAUUUGAGACUCCUAACAGUGGGAGCAGGAGCUGUCUCCGACUCUUGCUGGUUUUUUGGGUCCUUUUUCUUCCUACUGGGUUGCCUCACACAGUUUUAUAUGAGAGGAGGUGCCUAGUCCUACUGCAACUUGAUAGGCCACGUUUGGUUGACAUCCCUGGGAGGCCUGAACUUUUCUGAAGAGAAACAGAGGAGGAGAGGAUGGGGGGGGGUGGUCAGAGGGAAGGUGAGGUGGGAUAUUGGGAGGAGAGGAGGGGAAAUUGUGGUCCAGAUAUUAAAAAAAAAAAAAAGUGACCGAUCUCAGAACUGUGUUCACAAUCAGGCUGUAACUACUCUCCAGUGCCUGGCUCUCCAGAGUCCAAUGGAAGGAGAAGUAGCUAUGGUCUGUAUGCUGUGGCUUGAGGAAAGCAGACUGCUUGCAAAUCAAAAGCCCUUGGAGCUGGGUGUGGAGGCACACAUCUGUCAUCUUGGCCCUGAGGAGGAACAGGCAGAUCAAGACCAGCUAUGGCUACAUAAUGUUUUCAAGGCAGCGAAUAUUCACUGAGCAUCUACUAUAUACAAGUAGCUGACAGAAGGACGCAAAGAUGACCCUCAUUGUUUCAGGGGUUCAUCAUGGCAGAACAGCCCAUUUCAUGGUGGUGGAAGCUGUUUACAUCAUAGCGGACCAGGAGAUGAACAUCUGCAACAAACCCUCCAACAAGACAGCCCCUGAGAAGAGUGUGUGGACAGCGCCCCCACAGGACAGUGGGCCUUCCCCAGAACUGCAGGGCCAGCGCUCUCGUCGAAAUGGAUGGAGCUGGCCCCCACACCCGCUCCAGAUUGUGGCCUGGCUGCUCUACCUCUUCUUCGCGGUGAUUGGCUUUGGGGUGCUUGUUCCCCUCCUGCCUCACCACUGGGUGCCUGCUGGCUAUGCUUGCAUGGGGGCCAUCUUUGCUGGCCACCUUGUGGUGCACCUGACUGCUGUCUCCAUCGAUCCAGCAGAUGCCAAUGUGCGGGACAAGAGCUACUCUGGGCCUCUCCCUAUCUUCAACCGCAGCCAGCAUGCACAUGUCAUUGAAGACCUGCACUGCAACCUGUGCGACGUGGACGUGAGUGCACGAUCCAAACAUUGCAGCGCCUGCAAUAAGUGUGUAUGCGGCUUUGAUCAUCAUUGCAAGUGGCUCAACAACUGCGUGGGCGAGAGGAACUAUCGGCUCUUUCUACACAGUGUGGCGUCUGCUUUAUUGGGUGUUCUGCUCCUGGUGCUGGUGGCCACUUAUGUCUUCGUGGAGUUCUUUGUCAACCCCAUGCGGCUUCGUACCAACCAGCACUUUGAAGUCUUGAAGAAUCACACGGAAGUGUGGUUUGUGUUCCUGCCUGCUGCCCCUGUGGAGACCCAGGCUCCUGCCAUCCUGGCCCUGGCCGCCCUGCUCAUCCUUCUGGGCCUGCUCUCUACAGCCCUGCUUGGCCACCUGCUCUGCUUCCACAUUUACUUAAUGUGGCACAAGCUGACCACCUAUGAGUACCUCGUGCAGCACCGUCCAGCUCAGGAGACAAAAGAGACCCACAGGGAGCUGGAGCCAUGCCCCCGCAAGGUGCGGUCCAUUCAGGAGAUGGAGUUCUACAUGAGGACCUUCAGCCAUGUGCGUCCAGAGCCCUCUGGCCAGGCUAGGCCAGCAGCAUUAAAUGCCAAUCCUUCCCAGUUUCUUGCCACCCAAGGCCAAGUGGAACCACCACUGCCCUCCUCCUCAGACACACUGGCUCUGCCUCCACGGAUCCAACCCCAGAAAAAGAGGAAGCGGCGUGUGUAUAGAUUGCCCAGGUCUGGGGUCUUGGACCGAGAGCUCCCGCUGCCUAGGCUACGGGAGACUGGGACUCCUAGCCACCACUCCAGUUCUUCAUCUGAUUCCACCAGUGCCAGCCCAGUGCGUGCUGGUGGCUCUGCAGGCGCCUACUACUCCGCAUCAGCUGAGUCCAUGGAAGAGAUUCCAGUGGCCCAGACGCGCCUGGGCAGUGCUGCACUGGGCAUCCCAGGAGCCAGGGGCCGAGAGUCUGGGCUGGCUCUACAGGCACGUUCACCUGCUGUUUUUGUGAGUCCGAGCAGUGGCGAGCCUGGAACACCUGGAGGCGGUGAAGACAGCCUGCCUUGGCCCAGUAAGGCUGAGGAUUAGAGACAGGAGGGCCUUGUAGGACUGUCUAGCCAGACUCUAUGCAACACCCCACGUUCGCCGAAACGAGUGCACUUUAGGGACCUCAAGGCCGACAGGAUCAGCCUUCCUUACCCAAGACUCAGCAAUAUCCGCUCCACCAGCCCUGAUGCCCCAAUAAACUUUUUUUUUAAUGUUUU